AUGUCUUUAAGAAAACUGUUAGACGUUUGGAGCAACUUUUCAAAUAUUUUUUUAUUACUUCUGCCUUUUCCUUCUUACUUUUUCUCGCAUCCAUUUCUACUUUCAUUCUAUCUAUCUAUCUAUCUAUCUAUCUAUCUAUCUAUCUCUGGCCGUUCACAUGUAACUAUCGGCCUAUCUAUCUCCGUCUAUUCAUAUCUAUCUAUCUAUCUAUCUAUCUAUCUAUCUAUCUAUCUAUCUAUCUAUCUAUCUAUCUAUCCCAUUCUUUUUCUAUCUAUCUAUCUAUCCCAUUCUUUUCCUGUACAUCCAUCUAUCUAUCCAUCUAUCUAUCCAUCUAUCUAUCUAUCUAUCUAUCCCAUUCUUUUUCUAUCUAUCUAUCUAUCCCAUUCUUUUCCUGUACAUCUAUCUAUUCAUUCAUCCAUCCAUUCAUCUAUCUAUCUAUCCAUCUAUCUAUCUAUCUAUCUAUCUAUCCCUAUCCCAUUUUUUUUCUAUCUAUCUAUCCCCAUUCUUUUCCGGUACAUCUAUCUAUCUAUCUAUCUAUCUAUCUAUCUAUCUAUCUAUCUAUCUAUCUAUCCAAUUCUUUUCCUGUACAUCUAUCUAUCUAUCUAUCUAUCUAUCUAUCUAUCUAUCUAUCUAUCUAUCUAUCCCAUUCUUUUUCUAUCUAUCUAUCUAUCUAUCCCAUUCUUUUCCUGUACAUCUAUUCAUCCAUCUAUCUAUCUAUCUAUCUAUCUAUCUAUCUAUCUAUCCCAUUCUUUUUCUAUCUAUCUAUCUAUCCCAUUCUUUUCCUGUACAUCUAUCUAUCUAUCUAUCUAUCUAUCUAUCUAUCUAUCUAUCUAUCUAUCUAUCUAUCUAUCCCAUUCUUUUUCUAUCUAUCUAUCUAUCCCAUUCUUUUCCUGUACAUCUAUCUAUCUAUCUAUCUAUCUAUCUAUCUAUCUAUCUAUCUAUCUAUCUAUCCCAUUCUUUUUCUAUCUAUCUAUCUAUCCCAUUCUUUUCCGUGUACAUCUAUCUAUCUAUCUAUCUAUCUAUCCAUCUAUCUAUCUAUCAAUCCAUCUAUCUAUCUAUCCCAUUUUUUUCUAUCUAUCUAUCUAUCCCAUUCUUUUCCUGUACAUCUAUCCAUCUAUUCAUCUAUCUAUCUAUCAUCUAUCUAUCUAUCUAUCCCAUCCUUUUUUUUCUAUCUAUCUAUCUAUCCCAUUCUUUUCCUGUACAUGUAUCUAUCUAUCUAUCUAUAUCUAUCUAUCUAUAUAUCUAUCUAUCUAUCUAUCCCAUUCUUUUUCUAUCUAUCUAUCUAUCCCAUUCUUUUCCUGUAUCAUCUAUCUAUCUAUCUAUCUAUCUAUCUAUCUAUCUAUCUAUCUAUCUAUCUAUCUAUUCAUCCCAUUCUUUUCUAUCUAUCUAUCUAUCCCAUUCUUUUCCUGUACAUCUAUCUAUCUAUCUAUCCAUUUAUCUAUCUAUCUAUUCAUCUAUCUAUCUAUCUAUCCCAUUCUUUUUCUCUAUCUAUCUAUCCCAUUCUUUUCCUGUACAUCUAUCUAUCUAUCUAUCUAUCUAUCUAUCUAUCUAUCCAUUCAUCCCAUCCCAUUUUUCUAUCUAUCUAUCUAUCCCAUUCUUUUCCUGUACAUCUAUCUCUCUAUCUAUCUAUCUAUCUAUCUAUCUAUCUAUCUAUCUAUCUAUCUAUCCCAUUCUUUUCAUCUAUCUAUCUAUCCCAUUCUUUUCCUGUACAUCUAUCUAUCUAUCUAUCUAUCUAUCUAUCUAUCUAUCUAUCUAUCUAUCCAUAUCUAUCUAUCCCAUUCUUUUUCAUCUAUCUAUCUAUCCCAUUCUUUUCCUGUACAUCUAUCAUCUAUCUAUCUAUUCAUAUCUAUCAUCUAUCUAUCUAUCUAUCUAUCUAUCCCAUUCUUUUCUAUCUAUCUAUCUAUCCCAUUCUUUUCCUGUACAUCUAUCUAUCUAUCUAUCUAUCUAUCUAUCUAUCUAUCUAUCUAUCUAUCUAUCCCAUUCUUUUCAUUCAUCCAUCUAUCCCAUUCUUUUCCGGUACAUCUAUCUAUCUAUCUAUCUAUCUAUCUAUUCAUUCAUCUAUCUAUCUAUCUAUCUAUCUAUCUCUAUCCCAUUCUUUUCUAUCUAUCUAUCUAUCCCAUUCUUUUCCUGUACAUCUAUCUAUCUAUCUAUCUAUCUAUCUAUCUAUCUAUCUAUCUAUCUAUCUAUCCCAUUCUUUUUCUAUCUAUCUAUCUAUCCCAUUCUUUUCCUGUACAUCUAUCUAUCUAUCUAUCUAUCUAUCUAUCUAUCUAUCUAUCUAUCUAUCUAUCUAUCUCUGGCUGUUCAUAUGUAUCUAUCUGCCUAUCUAUCUUCGUCUGUUCGCAUCUAUCUAUAUAUCUAUUCUUCUAUGUUUUUUCAUAUUUUAUAUAUAUCUCUAGCUGUUCAUAUGUAUAUAUCUGCCUAUCUCCCUCUUCAUAUCUAUCUAUCUAUCUUCAUUCAUCUAUCUAUCUAUCUAUCUAUCUAUCUAUCUCCGACUGUUUCAUAAGCAUGUAUCGGCCUAUCUUUCUCUCUUCAUAUCUAUCUAUCUAUAUCUAUUCAUCUAUCUAUCUAUCUAUCUAUCUCCGACUGUUUCAUAAGCAUGUAUCGGCCUAUCUUUCUCUCUUCAUAUCUAUCUAUCUAUCUAUCUAUUCUAUCUAUCUAUCUAUCUAUCUAUCUAUCUAUCUAUCUCUGGCUGUUCAUAUGUAUCUAUCUGCCUAUCUAUCUUCGUCUGUUCGCAUCUAUCUAUAUAUCUAUUCUUCUAUGUUUUUUCAUAUUUUAUAUAUAUCUCUAGCUGUUCAUAUGUAUAUAUCUGCCUAUCUCCCUCACUUCUAUAUCUAUCUAUCUAUCUAUCUAUCUAUCUAUCUAUCUAUCUAUCUAUCUAUCUCCGACUGUUUCAUAAGCAUGUAUCGGCCUAUCUUUCUCUCUUCAUAUCUAUCUAUCUAUCUAUCUAUCUAUCUAUCUAUCUAUCUAUCUAUCUCCGACUGUUUCAUAAGCAUGUAUCGGCCUAUCUUUCUCUCUUCAUAUCUAUCUAUCUAUCUAUCUAUCUAUCUAUCUAUCUAUCUAUCUAUCUAUCUCAGAAAUCAUAAUUUAAUCUAUCCGCGGAUAUUUUUUUAUUUCUCCGAAUUAUUCCCCUGCAUUUCCACCCAAAAUAAUUCUCCUUAA